AUGGCGCCGGCCAGCGCGGGGCUGCGUCUUGCAAACUCGCUGCGCCUAGGCGUCGACUCAUCGCCCAGGCUGCCCCUGUCAUCCGCCCUCCCGACGACUGUCUCGCGCCGCGGCCGCGCGGGGCAGCCCGCUCGAAGCAGGAGCUCCGACGCAGUUCGGCCUCAGCGAACCGACGCGGCCCCUCAGCGCCGCGCAUUCGUGUCGCUUUCGUUCGUCUCUGGGCGUCGACUGCCGCUCCCUUGCGGCUCAGUCUCCCCUGUGGCGCGCCGCGAGGCCUGUCUUUCGGUCGACUUCUUCAGCGCGCAGCCACGACCAACGCAGUCUCCCGCGCCGGCGCUCGGCUCCUCUGCGCAUCCGGCGCCUUCAGUGCUUCGCAUGGGUCGAGCGACAGCCGCAUCCUGCGACGCUGAGACCUGCGGCGCCUCUCAUGGAGUGUCGGCAAGUAUGGCCUUGAGCCGCUUUUGUCGCUCUGGCGCGCCGGAGCGUCUCAGCCGCUCAGCACUGAGAGGCGACCGCCCCGCUGCGCACCAUGCGCCUUCUCUCAGUCCUUCUGCGGCCUUCUUCUCUUCAGCGCCCUCCUCGCGGCUCGAGGGCGGUGCCGGCACUGACGAAGCGGCUGCGGCGGAGGCGCUCACCUUCGAAGACCUGCUGCGGACCGGCCGCCUCUCUGAGGGAUCCUACCGAGCGCUUGAGUCGCUCCUGAGUUACAGGACGCUCACCAAAGAGCAGGCGCUGCUGCUUCCGCAGCUGCUUCCUUCGCGCGCGGCGGGCGCUGUGGACGCCGACGCGCAGGCCUCGGGGCGACACUAUGCUCGUGCCGCGCUCUGCGGGAAGGCGCCUUUUACCUCGCAGGGGCAAGCUCGCGACUGCCUCAUUCAGGCGCGGACAGGCACCGGCAAGACUCUCUGCUUUCUCUUGGCCGUGAUCGAGCGGCUCCUUCUUCAGCCGCCCGCUGGAGUCGGCGGUCUCAUCAUCGCGCCCACGCGCGAGCUCGCGGCACAGAUUCUUCGCGAGGCAGAGCAGCUGUCUACGUUCCAUCCUUUCGAAGUCGCCGCACUCGUUGGGGGGAAUCCGCGGAAGGCAGACGAGCUCCUUUUGAAACGGAAGCGGCCGCAGCUUGUUGUAUGCACACCAGGGCGUCUUCUUGAUCACUUGGAGGGCACAUUCAUGUUCUCAGCUCUCUUCGAGCAGCUCCAGGUCCUGGUGCUGGACGAGGCCGAUAGGCUGAUGGAGCUUGGUCACCUGGAGGAGCUCAAACAAGUUUUCUCGUAUCUGCCUCGCAACCGCCAGUCUCUGCUCUUCUCAGCCACGCUGACCGACAAGGUCAAAGAGAUAGCCUCUCGGAUGUUCAAGCCCGACUACCGUUUCUUCGACUGCGUGGCGCCGGACGAGAAGCCGACGCAUGCGAGAGUCGAGCAGAGCGUCGUGGUGCAUCCCGCGAAAAAGACCGCGACAGUUCUCUUCAACAUCUUGAGAGAGGAGUUCGAAAGGCACCCCCACACAUACAAGAUCAUGGUCUUUUUUCCAACUGCACGUCUCACUUCCUUCUUCGCCACGCUCUUCCGCGAGCAGUUCCGGAUUGGCGUUUACGAGAUUCACCGACGGCGAGAGAGCAGCGCCCGAGCAGCGACAGCGUCACGGUUCAGCAGAGACCGAGCAGGAGUGUUGUUCUCUUCCGACGUUUCCGCCCGAGGAGUGGACUACCCCGAUGUUUCCCUGGUGAUUCAGGUUUGUGCGCCGCUGACGCGCGAGCUGUACAUACACCGUGUCGGACGAACUGGUCGAAUUGGAAAAGGUGGUCGGGCCGUGUUGCUGCUGAACGAGGCAGAGAAGUCGUUUCUGGGGCUUGUCCAUGACUUGCCCAUUCAACGCAGGGAGGAGCUGGCUCUCCAGCAGCGGACGCCAGCAGUCACUGCAGGGCUCGAAAGCUGGGAGACAAAUGCCCAGCUCCACUAUGCUGCCACCGCAGCCUACGCGUCACUUUUGAACCACUACAAGUCGGGUGGAGCGCGGCUGAGCAUCACUGACGACGGCAUUAUCCAGACCGCUCUGGACGUGUGCGCUUCUUGCGGUCUCUCUGAGCAGCCAGCCAUUUCAAAGAAGCUUGCGACUCUUCUCAACCUGGAGGGCCACCCGAAGCUUAAGGUUCAGGAAAACCUCGAUAACAUCAACUACCUACCUGAGUUUGCUGAUUAA